CCCUGCAGUUCGCAAUUUAGUCCCUGCAGACUUACAAUGCACUCCCUGCACUAACCAGAACCUGGCAGCAGCAAUUUGAAGCCUUUGUCGCGCAUCUAAUUCAUUCCGAGACCACUUAAACACUUCCAAGACGUACUAACACACUUCCACAAGUUAUCAAAUUAAUUUGAAAGCAAUUAAUUUUCAAUUUUGUAUUAAUUUGAUCAUUUUGACCAAAUCGACUAAAAAUUUCAGCUUUGGAGUAGCAAUAGCAAUUGGAGGUCUUUAGCCACUCCAAUUCCAUUCUUAUCUAUUCUCACAUUUUCAAAACCUGUCACUUGCUGUUCUCAAGCUAAUAAUUAAAUUCAGAAACAUUUAAUUUCCAUUUUAGCAUUAUUGUGACCACUUUGAUCACAAUUAGCCUCUAAUCAAAUUUCAACUUAUUACAAUAUACCAAUUCACGUGGAGACCAUCCGUCGCUUCACAUCUCAGGGGUGGCCAGAUGAGGAUUGGGCCCACUUUCAUUCUGCACACAUCGAGAGAUGGGGACAGCGAUUACAGGCUACUAUUGACCAACAUCCGAUUGUCGGUGAUGACCCGGUUCAGGCGACAUCGAUUUAUAUGGAGUGGUAUUGGCAGAUCACGAGAAGAUGGAUUUCUCGUCCAGUACAGCGUCCACCAUUGACUUACCAGCCUCGCGGCCAGAUCGAGAGAGCUUUGGUGGACGCAUUACGACAGGCUCAAAUGGGCAUCAGAGGGCUAGUUCAUGAUCGACCUUCUUACGAUGCGAUGGUAGAGACAUUGACGAGCAUGGAUGUCCAUAUUGAGUCAGUACUGGAGUACAUUCCUUCCAUACCUGUCGCCGCUGAUGUUGGAGGUCGAGAUUUUGGUCAACCCUCGACAUCGGGUCAUCACAGGAGACACUCACCGACAUCUACUGUAUCAUACUCGAGAUCGAGCCUACGAGUGUCACGAUCUCCAUCUCCUAGUGAUGUUGCAGAUAUACUCGCCGCCCCUUCAAGAUUUCCUUCCUUGCCAUUGGACUUGGACUCGCUUCCGCCGCCAGUUUCUCGAGAGCACUUUAGAUUAGUCUACUCUCGACGUCAUGCCGCGUCAUCAUCACAGGUCCGCCCAGCAUCUACACCGGCCACUAUCGAGGGUGAUCGACCUGAGUCAGAGGAGACUCAGGCGGUUCCGGAGCAUCCCGAGGGCAUUAUCAUUGCGGAUCUCGAUCAGAUGGCCGGUAUCGAGGCUCUUGAUGACGUACCUAUUGCUGAGCUUGAUGUACAGGGUGGCCGUAGACGUGGACGUGGCCGAGGACGUCGAGGGAGAGGAAGAUCGAGAGACUGAUUGUAUUUUUUUUAUUUA